AUGGCACUUCUGAUACGAAGUUAUCUUAGAGGCCUGGCCAAGAUGAUUGGUGAUGUGGCCAAGAGACAAGGUUCAUCAUUUCUAGUGUAUAUUGAUAAGAAUCAUUAUUAUAGAUUGCACUUUCUGUAUUUCUUGUUGACAGGAUUCUUUGGUGCAUGUAUAAUAGUAUCGAUAGAGGCUGCCUACUCGUCGGCAUCGUUCAUCGAUUGUUUGUACACUGCCUACUCAUCGAUAACAAGCACUGGAUUGCUCACUGUUGACAUUGCACGAAUGUCCGUUCCGACACAGAUUGUUAUGGCCAUUCUAAUACAGCUUGGAUCGACUGUUAUGCUCACAUUGAACGUGGUACUCAUACGAAGAUACUAUCUUAGACGAGCCUAUCGCAAGAGAAGAAGCUUCUCAAUUGAUCUGGCAGAAGUCGAUGGACAUAUAAAUGGUGCUGCUCUGGAUAAUGACAAUAACAACAAUAACGACGACAAUCAUGAUAUCAUAAUGUCUGGAGUGAGCUCACUGGAUGACCCUGGCACAUCCAAGGAGAACAUCAAAACAUCACAAACAAUCCCAAGAAUCAAUCCAGGCGUGACAUUAGAUCAACCACUGUUCUCAUCCAGUCACUCUGCUGCAGGACAUCAAGACAACUUCCAUCAUCAAUAUGAUAUGCAGGACAACUUGAUUACACCUGCGGAAGCCGACAAGGAUAUCCAAAUUGACGCAGACUCAUUAUUCAUCCUGGAACACAACAUUGAAUAUCGUUCACUUGGAAAGCUGCUCUACAUCAUACCCAUCUAUCAAACAGUGGUCUAUCUGAUUGGAUUCAUUGUGUUGGUUUCAUUGGCCACAUCUUCCAGCUCUUCAGUCGCCAUCACACUCCAGAAGAACAAAAUCAAUGGCGUCUGGUUCAGUAUCUUCAACACAUUGUCAGCGUUCAACAAUGUUGGCGUCACACUAGUCACUGACAACAUGGUCCAAUUCAAUCAACACUCAUUCCUCCUUCUCGUCAUCUCCAUGCUAGUUGUACUUGGCAACACAAUGUUCCCAGUUGUUCUAAGAUUGAUAAUAUGGUGUAUGAACAAGAUAUCAAAGGAUAAGGAACCUUAUGAACAUCUUUUAAACAAUCCAAGGACAGUGUAUACUCAUCUGUUCCAAGCUAAACCAACACUUAUACUGCUUGGAGUAUGGUUCCUCUUCAACUUCUCACAAAUAUCAUUAAUGGCCAUCCUUGAAGCCAACGAGAAGGCAUUCGCCACUCUCUCGCCAUCAGACACAUUCAUGAACUACUUAUUCCACUCUGUGUCCACAAGAACAGGAGGAUUUAACUCUAUUGAUCUGAGUCAACUGUCCAAGUCUGUACUGCUACUGUUUGUUGGAUUGAUGUUUGUGUCGUCAUAUCCAUUCGUGAUAUCAUUGAAGGGAUCGGCUGUGAAUGGAAAGUAUCAGUCCAGUGCUGCCGAAGAGUCAAGAGCAAAGGUUGUGAUGAAGGACCUUCUGAUACGUGAUAUAUUCAUUCUCUACCUAUGUACACUGAUCAUUGGCAUCCUGGAGGAAACGGCACUGGACAGCCAGGCACUGGGCAACAAUGUCACGGUGUUCCACAUCAUCUUUGAGGUGGUCAGUGCCUUUGGCACUGUUGGCCUAUCAAUGGGCUAUCCAGGCAUCAAUAGCAGCUUCUCGACCGUACUGACCAAGAGCUCAAAGUUAGUGAUCAUCAUUGUAAUGCUACUUGGCAGACAUCGAUCACUCCCCGACUCUGUCGACAAUGCCGUUCACAUCGAGGAGAAGGACGUUGUGGCCAAGUUCCUCAAGAAGAGAUUAAGAAGAUUAAAGUAUUGA